AAAAUCGUUAUUUAUUUUUUUUGUUUUUCCCCUUCCUCUUGAGACUCUCACUGUCCUUCGCCGCGGAAUCGUCUCUCUGAGCCGCGAAAGGACCUCUCUUUAGGGUUAAAGAAUCGUUCCUUCUUCCUCAGCUGGUUUCGAUUCUCUUCUACCUCCGAUCAAUUUUUCUAGGUGUUUCAAAGGCAUUUGAAAAGAUGGGACACAAUGGCAAAGAUGAAAUUAUGGUUGAGGCAUCUCAAUGCGCCGGUGCUAUGGUUGAAAUUAAGAUAAAGACAUUGGAUUCUCAAACUUACACCUUACGUGUUGAUAAAUGUGUCCCUGUUCCUGCAUUGAAGGAGCAAGUUGCUUCCAUUACUGGUGUCGUUACGGAACAACAACGCUUGAUAUGUCGUGGAAAAGUUAUGAAGGAUGAUCAGCUCCUAUCAGCCUAUCAUGUUGAGGAUGGCCACACUCUGCAUUUGGUUGUCAGACAACCUGUUCCACCAUUAUCAGAGAGUUCAACUAGUAAUGCAGCGGCUGAUCCUGCUUUGAGUGCUGGUGACAGCCAGGGCAGUCAACGAUCACGGGUUGUAGUAGGAUCCUUCAAUAUUGCUGAGCAAGCAGAUGGAGGAGUCUAUUCAGAUCUUGGUCAGAUAGUUUCAGCUGUUCUGGGUUCACUUGGGAUCUCUAAUCCAGAAGGUGGUAUCGAAGGGAUUGAUUCUAUGGGUCCUCUUCAUGAGAGGUUGUCUCGGAGUUCUGGUCCUAGCUCUACAAGAGAAUCUUCUGGAGGGCGAUCUGCCGCACCAAAUGCUGCAGACCAGACGUCUACUCCCUUGACAUCGUCACAACUACCAGCGAUUCCAGAUUCGUUGACAACCUUAUCUGAAUAUCUGAAUCAUCUGAGACACGAAUUUGCUGCUAAUGGUAGCAAUGCUAAUAACUUGCAAGAUUCUGAAAAUUCAAUGGGCAAUGCGCAAGAUUCUGCUUCUACUACUGGAGAGAGUCGGAUUCCAAGACCAUCUCAUUUGGCAGAAGUGCUGCAAUCGACAAGGCAAUUGUUGAUCGGUGAAGUAGCAGAUUGCUUAUCUAAUCUUUCGACGCAGCUUGUGGAUCAUGUAAAUGUGACCGAUCCGUCAUCUCGAAGGUUGUGCCAGUCAAACAUGGUUCAAUCAGGUUCCCUCUUGGAGAAUUUAGGCAUUUCACUCCUGGAGCUCGGCCGUGCCACUAUGAUGCUUCGUUUGGGACAAACACCUGAUGAUGCUGUUGUUAAUGCUGGGCCUGCAGUGUUCAUAUCCCCUACAAGGCGAAAUCCCUUGACGUCCACUCGGCAGGGGACGAGUAUUGGAGGCUUACAAGCAGGAACCGCACAUUCUAACCCUUUUGCUGGACAAUCACUUGCCUCUACCCCAAGAAAUAUUGAGAUAAGAAUACGUACAGGAUCUUGGGUGGCCGCCAGUGGGACCAACCAGAGAGAAGAAAGUACUACACAACAAACCCCUGUUAUACCCGUUGUUGCUCGAUAUCAGCAAGUAUCGUUAGGUGAGCGUAGCUUUACUGGAUUGGAUGGUGUACAUCAGCCUGUUACUGAAUCUUCUAGGCAGCCACAGAGCGCCGGUACUCCAGGAAGAGAAGGUGGUAGCGGUUCUCCUCCUGGCGGUCGGCGUUUGGCUGAAUUAAGAGACAGAAUCAAUCAGUUUUUGAGGCCCUCAUCUCGUCGAGAACACCAAGCCGGUAGCUCGGAGUCUCAGGCUGCAGCAAAUCCCUCUUCAACAGCGGCCACAGAACCAAGCGAAGCUGUUGCAAAUGCACAAGUAGAGCCCGUAACUACGGAUGAAGGGAAUUUCAUAUCAAGUGUUCUUCAGCAGAUCAUGCCCUUUAUAUCUCAAAAUGUAGCCUCCUCAAGCUCAGGUGAAGCUGUUACAGGCAGAGGCAGCAACAACAGUAGACAAGCCUCUUCAAGAGAGGUGCAGGAGGAGGAAGGUGCAGAGCGAGGGGAUUCAAGUCGGAGACCUGGAGCACCGUCACCUCCAGAGUCGAAACGACAGAGGAGAGAGUGAGAGAUUACUGGCGCAAAAGCAAAGGGUGGAAAACACACUUUUUGGAGAAUGAUAGUUUUAUUUUUGGUACUUUUAUUCUGAGCUUUUGAUUGUUCGUUAUAAUGGUAUUGGUGGUGUUUACCAAAAACAUCUCCAUUUUUCUUUUUCUUUCAAAUUAUGUUAUAUUCCCCCUCGGUCCCUACAAUUUCAGACUUUUUGUACUCAGUUAUAAAACAUAAGUGCAUAUAUUAGAUUUAGUACCGAAUUAUAGA